UUUUUAUAGAUACUCCAAUCCAAUAGUGUCACAACCUCAUAUCAACUACAUUUCUAUUCCCCCCUUUCUUCUAAACUUGACAUCCCUCUUUCUUUUGUGGCUAUUCUUGAAAAAAAAAUUCUUUAAUCUAUGGCUACUCUCACAAAUUUUUUGCUCAAACCCUCUCCAAAUCUAGCUUCAAUUACAAAAAUUAGCCCUUCACUUUACUCCAAUUUCCCUUUUGAGAAAUCCAAACAAUCAAUUUUCAAGAACCUCAAAACAAACAAGCCCUUAUUGAUUACAAAGGCAACAGCAGCACCUGAUGUUGAGAAAAAAGUGGCCAAAAGUGAAAGAGUACAAAAGGUUAAUAGUAUGGAGGAAUUGGAUGAAGCAUUAAAAAAGGCGAAAAAUCGACUAGUUGUGGUUGAAUUUGCAGGCAAAGAUAGUGAGCGUUCCAAAAAUAUUUAUCCUUUUAUGGUGAAUUUAAGUAAGACGUGUAACGAUGUCGAUUUCUUGUUGGUGAUCGGAGAUGAAACGGAGAACACUAAGGCACUCUGCCGGAGGGAAAAGAUUGACAAGGUACCACAUUUCAACUUCUACAAAAGCAUGGAGAAGAUCCACGAGGAAGAAGGCAUUGGGCCGGACCAACUAGCCGGUGAUGUACUGUACUACGGUGACAGCCACUCCGAAGUAGUGCAGCUCCACAGCAGAGAAGACGUUGAAAAGGUAAUCGAAGAUCACAAAAUCGAUAAAAAGUUAAUAGUCCUGGAUGUUGGAUUGAAGCAUUGUGGACCAUGUGUGAAAGUUUAUCCAACGGUGAUCAAGCUAUCGAAGCAGAUGGCUGAUACAGUCGUGUUCGCGAGAAUGAAUGGCGAUGAGAAUGAUAGUUGUAUGCAGUUUUUGAAAGACAUGGAUGUUAUUGAAGUGCCUACAUUUUUGUUUAUAAGAGAUGGUGAGAUUUGUGGAAGGUAUGUUGGUUCUGGGAAAGGUGAACUUAUUGGAGAAAUUCUUAGAUACCAAGGAGUUAGGGUUACUUAUUAAAAUUGUUGAAGUUAUAUUAUAUACUCAAUUGGGACAUUUGAU